GCCCCUCACACCCCCACCCACUGAACAACAUCAUAGUAUAUGUGAAGGCAAUCGUGCGAUACGUUUUUCAAAACGACAACAAAUACACCGAAAAUGUUGUCAAAAAGAGGAGGUCCGGGCGGUGGACGUGGAGGCCGUGGACGGGGAGGCCCGGGAGGUGGUGGCGGGGAUCAGAGGGCAUGCAAUUACUGCAAAGAAAGCGGUCAUAUAAUAGCCAACUGUCCAAAGCUGGCCAAUAAGCCCGACCGUAGGGCACCGGGAGGUCAACCGUCCAGACCAGACCCCAGUGGCUAUCAACCCGCGACUACCAGUGCGCCUACGCCUACGCCUCACCGAACAAUACCAGUGACAGCUGUGGCGACGUACGAACCGACGGAACUACAGCCCAAAGGGAACUGUAAAAUGAAACCCCAAUUCGUAGGCCGUCCGGGAGUGGGCCGUAACGGGAGGGCUAUCGCGCUGAUCGCCAACCACUUCCGGCUACUCAUCAAAGACAUAACUGUCUAUCACUACGACAUACAGUUCGAGUGCAAUACCCGUCCCAUGGGUCAGGCGGCGAGCGGUGCCGUUGGUGGUGGUGCCGGUGGUGGGGACCGGGAGUCCAGGAAUAAGGUGCGGAAGUUGAGGCAAAUGGAGAACCGAUUGGCGUUUAAUAAGUUUAUGGAUAUCAAGCGGGAGUUGUUCCGCACCGCACAGGGAGUACAGCUUAGGCCGGUGUUUGACGGCAACUCCAUUGUCUACACGAGGGGACAGUUAGCUCAGGACCAGUUCACCGGUAAUAUUGAGGUGACAUUGGAUGGUAAGGCCACUCAACUGAGGGUUAACAUACAGUUCGCUCAGGCGAUCGAUUUGAGCGCCAUUAACCUCUACUACGACGGACAGUCCGAUUCGGUGCCCCGGGAGGCCAUGCAGGCGCUGGAUAUCAUAUUGAGGUACGGCCCCACAUCAACCCGCGUGCCUAUAGGCAACUCCCUGUACCCCAAAUGGGAGGUAACGAAGGGUAGGGACGGGCGUAUGGACAUCGACGACGUCGGCAACAAACAGGUAGUGUUCGGCCACUACCAGAGCACCCGACUCACCAAAAUGGGUCCCACAAUUCUGGUCGACCGGUCGGCCACCGCUUUCUUUACUGCCGGCCCUCUAUUGGAGUUUAUGCGGCGCCUGAAGGGAGGAAUUCCUCGCAAUUAUCGCAAACCAAUGAAUGACUAUCUGUUGGAUAACGCGAAAGGCCUACGGGUGUACACCGAGCACCUGGGCUACAAGAGACGGUAUACCAUAAAAGGGUUGUCCGCGAAGCCAUCCAACGCCCAGACCUUCGAGUACGACGACGAGAGCGGACGCAAAGUGAGGACUACUGUAAAGGACUACUUCCGACAGAAUUACCCGAACGUUAACAUAAGCGACACGGAGUUCCCGUGUCUCAUACCGCAGGCCAGUAAGACUAUAUACCUGCCGAUGGAUGUCUGCUACCUAUACCCCGAUCAGCCCGUGUCCCGAAACAAACUCACCGGUGAUAAUACGGCUAAAAUGGUGCGCGAGUGCGGCACUCAGGGACCAGUCGAUCGGUUUGCGGAGAUUACAAACGCCGUGGCGGCCAUCAAGACGGCCUCACAGCCCUACCUAACGGAGUUCCAGUUGAACAUUGACUCCCGGGCCUCGAAAAUACCGGGCCGAGUGUUGGCCAAACCGGCCAUCAAAGGCCUGGACCGUAAAGAGCGUAAGAAAAUGCACCGACCGGUCGACCUGAGACACUGGGCAGUGGCCAACCUGUGCGAGAACGGGUGGCCUAAAGUGGACGCUCAGGCGGCCAAAGAGUUUGGGGACGGGCUGUGCGAACAGGCGGCCAGUGUCGGUAUGACUGUCCACAAGCCCACACCGAUCCGGACGCCCGGGGGAACAGGUCCUCAAGAUAUUGAGGCGGCGUUUCGCGAGGCGAAGGCCGAGUGUCGCAGAAAGGGAGGCGCCCUUCAGAUGAUACUGUUUGUCAUACCCGACGAUAAUGUCUAUAAUGUGAUCAAACACGUGGGCGACUGUAAUGAAGGUGUGGUCACACAGUGCGUGAAGGCUAAGAAUGCCGUUCCGCCGUUUAGAGGGCCUGACCGUCGAGGAGGCGUUCAGUCAAACCUAUUGCUGAAAAUCAACACAAAGUUGGGAGGAGUGAACCGCAUCUUAGAGGCACUGCCGGACAAACCGGAAGUCCUACGCAAACCCAAUUGGCGGGUAAUGAUUAUCGGCGCCGACGUCACACACCCGGCGCCCGCCGACAAGUUGGAGUCAUCGGUGGCCGCCUGUAUCGGCUCCAUAGACGCCGACCACUGCAAGUACUCGGCGUCUAUUAGGGCUCAGGAGAGGUCUACCAGAGCGCAGGCCGUGGAGAUGAUCAAAGAGUUUGACGUCAUGAUUAAGGAACUGCUGGAUGAGUACCGCAAAGCGCUGGGAGGUCUGCCCAACCAUAUCAUCUAUUAUAGGGAUGGGGUGUCGGAGUCCCAGUUCCAGCAGGUGUUGGACUACGAGCACCGGAAGCUUCUGGAGGCCUGCCUCGCGAAAGGCAUUAAACAGCCAAAAGUGACGUUCAUUACGGUCCAGAAGCGACACCACACGCGCUUCCGUCCCGAGAGAGAGGCCGACGGUUUGGGCGCUAAGAGAAACAUACCGCCCGGCACUACAGUGGACAGCCAUGUCGUGCACCCCACGGACUUUGACUUCUACCUGUGCUCUCAUGUGGGCAUUCAGGGUACGUCCCGUCCCACCCAUUACUACGUACUCCACGACGACUACAAAUUCACAGCGGAUGACCUCCAAAAGCUCUCGUACUACCUGUGCUACGUGUACGCCCGGUGCGAUACGCCCAUUAGCAUACCGGCGCCCGUCCAGUACGCACACUUGGCCGCAUACCGGGCCCGUAACCACAUCGUGGCUAACAUCCAAAGCGGUGCUGUCGGUGGCGGUGGUGGUGGUGGCGAUCGCGGCUACCGUUCCCCUCGCGACGAGACCGAUGAGCAGCGCGUGGCUCGCGAGAGAGCACUGGCCCGGGAGUUGAAUCGCGUGAUCAAAGUGGACGAGUCGAUCAAAAACAACAUGUAUUACUGUUAA